GAAUCCCCCCAUCCCAUCAAUAAAAACUCUCCAUAUUUUCUUCUCCAAUUUUGGUUUCGUUCUCAUACUUUUUCCUUCCCCUUCUCUCUCACCACCUCUAUACCUUUAUAUGUUCGACCGAUUCGAAACCCUUUCAGGUCUUUCUCGCGGGAGAUGAGCCCCUUUCGAUCCUCUCAGAAUUAAAGGUUAGGGUUAGGGAUUAGGGGUUAAGGGUUAGGGUUUGGGAUUGGGUCUGCAAGGAUGUCGCAGAACGGGAAGCUGAUGCCCAACCUCGAUCAACACAGCACCAAGGUGCUCAACCUCACCGUCCUCCAGCGGAUGGAUCCCUCCGUGGAGGAGAUCCUGAUGACCGCCGCCCACGUCACUCUUUACGAAUUUAACAUCGAUCUCAACCAAUGGAGCCGCAAGGACGUGGAAGGAUCGCUCUUCGUCGUUAAGAGGAAUGCACAGCCUAGAUUUCAGUUCAUUGUCAUGAACCGACGCAACACAGAUAACCUGGUGGAGGAUCUCUUGGGAGAUUUUGAGUAUGAAGUCCAGGCUCCAUAUCUGUUAUACCGAAAUGCAGCUCAGGAAGUUAAUGGAAUAUGGUUUUACAACUCAGAUGACUGUGAAGCAAUCGCAAAUCUUUUUAGCAGGAUACUUAGUGCAUAUUUCAAAGUCCCUCCGAUGCCUAAAGUAUCUUCAACGAAAAGCAGUGAGUUUGAGGAACUGGAAGCUGUUCCUAGUUUAUCUGUCAUUGAAGGUCCGUUAGGGCCACCAAUGUCAUCUGCUGCCCCAUCAGUUCCAGAUGUUCCUGAUGAUUCAUUUGUGAAUGUCUUCAGUGCAGCUGUGAGUAUUGGACAUGCAUCAAAUGCAGUUAUUGCAGCACAACCACAACAACCUUCUGCACCUAUCCCUGUAUCUUCGCGCACACUAAGUGCCACUCCAUCCCCAUUGCCAACAAUACAAUCCACCUCUACUCUGCCAACCUCAUCCACUCCUGUGAUGCCGCUCCAUGAUGCUCAUGAAUCCAGCAGUGGCAGUGAGAGUCAUGCUACAAAUCUUGUUAAACCUUCACUUUUUUCAGCUACACCAUCUUCUGCAUUGAUGAUGCCACCAAUUUCAUCUUCCAUGCCAACUGCCCCACCACUUCAUCCUCCUGUGACCAUGCAGCACCCAUAUGGUCCUCUAUUACUUCAAUCCUUUCCACUGCCUACUCCACCUUCUUCACUCACUCCAGCUCCAAACUAUGGCCCAGUUGUUACAAGAGACAAAGUCCAUGAUGCAUUGUUGAGGCUUGUUCAGAAUAACCAAUUCAUUGAUAUGGUAUAUCGGGAGAUGCUGAAUGCACAUUAUUCAUGAUCGACGGUCAAGUUCACACGGAUGCUCAUUUGUUCAUUAAGCCUCCUUAUCUUGUGCUUUAAAGAUAGGCCGUUGUAAAUCAUUGAGUGGUAGCUAGCUAGUCGUGGGAACCUUUUUCACAUAGCUUUUUCUUAUUUGCCAACAGAAGACUGAAUGUGUAAUUGGCUUAAGAAAUUUGCUAAAUGUGUAAAUAUAGUACGUGUGUUUGCCACAUGCGAACUUCAAAAAUCGCGUCCAGAACUGACCAUCUUUAAGUUCUCGCUCGAGGGCAGCCAA